CCGUGUUUGAAAGAAGAAACAGAUCGAUCUCCUUGCUCUCACCACCAUCAUGUUGGCAGCUCAUCUUCGUUGCCUUCCUCUCCUUCCCAGCAGCAGCUUCUUCUUCACUGAACAGAGCAACAGCUACAAAACAGAUCUGCAAUUCUGCAUCUGCUCUCAACCACCACCGUCAACAGCCCUCUCCAACCCCUUGCCUUCCUCCACCGAACAGCAGACAGACCGAUCUCCCUGCUCUCACCACCAUCGUUUUGGCAGCUCAUCUUCCUUGCCUUCCUCUCCUUCCCAGCAACAGCUUCUCCUUCACCGAACAGAGCGUAGAAGCACCGAACAGAGCAGCAUUGUAAAUAUCCGGCAGCCACACACCCAGAUCCCCUCACCCCAGCGCCCUGAGCCCGCGCCUUGCGCCCUGCGCACCAGCACCCCUGCCCAGCGCACCAGCCCUGCACCUACGCCCGAGCCUUGCACCUACGCCUCUGCUCCCUGCUCUGCGCCCAGAUCCUGCAAUCACGCCCCUGUUGCUUGCACGCCAGUCACUGCUGCUGCACAGCGCCUGCACUCCUGCUCGCUACAGUACAUGCCUGACGAAAUCUUCAUCAUUACUGAUUGACAGGAGCAAGUCUUUUUAUUUAUUUUAUUUUUUAUUUGGGUAUAUAUAUAUGGAAAAAAAAUCAGGGGAGAGGAUGGUUGGUUGAUUUUGGGUCUCUUUGUUGGGGAGUUUCGUCUGAGUUUUUGAGAGCAAUAGAAGGGGAUUUACUGGAGAAGAAAGGGGGCAACAACGGUGGGUGAGAGGAAGGAUCACCGAGCUUCCGGAGGAACUUCAUUUUCUGGUUUCAUUUUCUGGGUUUCAUUGCCUUAGGUAAUUUCUGAACAGAGGAAUUUUUGGGAAGAGCCGUGAGGGAGAAGAAGGGAGCUUGAUCCCGUGGGUGGGAUCCCUCCCUUCGGAUCUCAAUCUGCUUUUUUCCCAGAAAUUUCACCUUGUUUGAUUCUGAUUCUCAUGGAGUUUUGCUUUAUUAAAACUGUACUAGAUGAUGAUACUGCAAAUGAAAUCAAGCAUGUUUG